AUGCCUUUUGUGCUGGAACCCGUUAUAUACACAAACAAUCAUCAACUUCAAGACCAAAAUAUACACAAUUCAAUACUUGACAACAACAAUGAAACAGCAAGAACACAAUUUUUGAAAAUUAGUAGCAAAUCCCCUGACGAAUGCACUUCAAUCAACAAUGGUCGAUUUUUUCAACUUGAAUCGUUUGACAUUAGGCCACUCCUUAACUUGAAAGAUCAAGAUUACUUUGCUAGUGAUGGUAAUGCUGAUGCUGUUGCGAAUGACGAUGAAAGGGAUGAUGUUGACAUUGAUAGUAAAGAAGCAAAUACUUUGAUUGGUAACGAUAAGGCAAGACACAAUCUAGCUACACGUGUAAUGGCGAAUGGUGUUGAAGUUAUCAUAGCUGGUGACAAAAACGGAAAAGUGUCAGCGAAACGAAAUGUCUCCAAAAUACCUCCAAGUAUGUCGAGUAGACCAUUGACUCUUGCACCUAGUACGUUACAAGAUCAGAUGAUAUUGGUUAUGCCAUCGAAUUCUCAGGAAAAAUUUACAAUACCAAUAGAUUCAAAACAAUUUAUUACUAAAACAUGCCUCACAACAUACACAUAUCGGACAACGUAUCUUCAAGAUGAUAAAACAACCGUGGAAAGCCAAGAGAAAGUGGUGUCAAAUACAGCAACCGAAGAGAGGAACUAUCUUAAAAUUAAACCAACAGAAACUCUAGGAAUUACCUUAUCUAGAACUCCAGAACUAGCUGUAGGAGUUUUUCACACAACAUACACAUACUUUAAUACAAUACUUAAAGGUGAACAUUCAAUUGUGGUUUCAUCAAAACACAUCCUUACAAACACAAUCACUGGUCCAGAUGAUUACAUUUCGUUUCUUCAGCCGUCUGGAGAAGCAACUCCAGUGUUUGAGACAAAUACAUAUUAUAGCAAAAUAAGCUUUACUAAGACUUUGAAAGAAUCCAAUUUAGAAAAGGUUGUCAGUACUUCGAAUAUUCUGACACAAGUCAUUGUAACAGAAUCCUUCCAACCACUACAAGGUUCUUCAAUCAUAACGUCUUAUGUAGCCUUUGAUAUUGAUGACACGACUGCCAAAAACACUACAGAUGAUGUUGAAAAUUCACUUCUGUCCAACAAUCAAUUACUUCACACAUAUGAAUUUCACACCAAUGAUGACAAGGUCAAAAAACAAAAUCUAGAGUUAAAAAAUAACAGAAUAUCAUCAGUAUCUAUUCCGCCUACUUCAUUGACCUUGGAACUUCUUGGAUCCCUUAAAACCGAUAUUUAUAUAUAUGCAACAAAAACUUAUCUUACGACUUUUACCUACUUUACUACACUAAUGAAUAGUAAUACUACUGGAAAUAUUGAUUCAUCAACAGUUGUAAGUUUCCACACGAGAAUUAUCGAAAAUGUCAUUACAGAAUCAAUUCCAAGCGUUAUAAUCAACACUGAUCUUCUAUCAGCAUUCCAGACUCAACUGAAGAAUCCGCAGAAUCAAAACAGUUUCGUUACUAUGAUCACUCUCACUGGAGGCCAGUCUCUUGAAAUAACUGCAAUGAACAUGAUACAUCCUUCACUUUCAUACAAUAAGAACCAAGCUACUAAAGUUUAUGCAAAUGGUAUUAAUGUGGAAUUGAAUUCGUUAUCGUCUGGUACACAGUUACCAUUUGAAAAUUCAAAUGAAAUAUUUGAUUCGGAUGUAUCGAGUUCAGAGAACGAAGAACUCUUUACCGACCAAUAUCUUGCAGCUGCUGAGGUGGACACAGGUCCAAUUACUCAAAACAACACAAAGACUGUGAGUGCAACACCUGAUAUUCCAUCAAUGAAUAAAAUAAUUGGAUCGUUUAACUUGCAUAGUCUCCAAGCUUUAGGUCCGGUUUUUAAUGCUAUGGCUGGUCUCAUUCAAAAUAAUUUGAACAAUUUUGGUACCAGCCCGAACGCAAAUUAUGAUAUAAAAACAAAUUCUUCAACUUUGGGUUUGGAAAGGAAACAAGUUACCAAAAAUAUGGCAGCCUACAUUAAUAAUAGUAUUGCUGUUGACCAUUCUCAUGAGAGACCCAUUUAUAUACCUGUUAAGAUAUCACCCUAUAAACAUUCAUACUUGAACCCUGAAAAGAAACUAAAUUAUGCUCAUCAGAACCUUGAUACACUUUCUCCUGAAUCAAAUGGUUGGUAUGACAGUAAAUUAAACCACAAUAUAUUAGAAAGCGGUGCUGGUACCAGUUUGAAUAUAGGCAAAUCUAACUACGAAACUCCAUUGCUUAAUGGUGGUAUACCGAUUAGCCCAGGGGAGGUGAUAACUGCUAAUUCAGAUGUUAUAGUUGGCAAACCCAAUGGUAUUAAACCGCACGUGCCAUACGGUAAUAAACAUGUCAAUAAAAAUGUCAAUCCAUUACCUUUACCACCGUCGUUAUCUCACAUAACACCAUACUCCUACCAAUUUCAAUAUCAGCAUGUUAAAGCAGGUCAAGGUCCUAAGCCUUUACCGGAGUCUCCUCUAAAUUUUGACAGAAUUCUCAAGCCACCUUCAGUAAAACAACACUCAACUGUCCAUCAACAAAAACAUAUUCCACCACAUGUUUCCAAGAAUCCUUAUUAUAGAGCACAUUAUGCUACAAGUCACAUGCAUCAUCCCUUUCAGGAUUAUGCUCAAAAACCGCCCAUUCAUAUGCCACAUCUACCACAGAGAAAUCACGCCCAAUGGCCAUCCAAUGCCCAACGCCUCAAACCAACCUACAUUCCUUAUACUUUAUUGGAAAACGAUCAACAAUAUUUACCUAGACGUGACAACAACAACGAUCAUCAAGUAGCAAAUUUAUCAAAUCUUACGAAGAAUGAAGUCCUUGAAAUAAAGCGCAUUCCUGAAGUCUUUAGCACCAAUCUUCCGGCUUCUGAAACUAACAUUAAUAACCAAAACAAAAAUUUCAAUGGAACCUAUAAGAAGUUUUUAAAAAAUAUCAUUAACUCUGAGAAGCCAAUGUUGGUCGAUAUACAGCCCUCCAAGAUCACAAACAUUAUUAUUCCAAGUGAUGACUCUGCAUCAAUAUUGGUGGUGGAGAGCUCAGUAGAGCUGCAUAAGAACGGACAAUAUUAUGACGAACCAACUACUUAUUCGGAUGCUUUUAUGACUGGUAGUGUUGCAUUAGCAUCAUCUCUAUUAUCAUCAGCAAAUCAGCCUCACAAACCAAUUUCAUCCAAUCAGCAAAUUAAUCUUGAUAUGAAUGUUCUAAACCAUAACGUUGAUAUUAAUGUCCCACCAAUAACUUUCAACAAAGAUGCUGAAUUUCCACAUACAUCUAGCCCAGUGCGUGGAUAUUUUCAGGAAAAGGAACAGUUUGUACCGUUCAAAAUGCCACAUGUUAAAAUUCCUCUUAGUGAUAACCAAAUUCAAGUAAAUUUGACCCCACAAAAUUUCAUAACUCAAAACAUAUCAUCCGUGCAGUUUGUGAGCAAAGCAAACGUUGACAACGUCAAGCUUGGUAUAGAAAAAUCAACAACUGAAACACAAUCGUUGUACUACAAUAAUGUUCACCAACAGCCAUAUCAACGUCCUUUUCAUGAGAAUUUAAAGCCAUUAGAAAGUAAAUAUUAUCAAGACACGAACAAUUCAAAAAACAAACCAAACUCAUCUAGUUUCGACCAUCUAAAAACAAACUAUCAUCCAUAUACACAUGUGAUACCCAUAAGAGAUAAUAACAAUUCUUUGAAUUCCUUGCCAAAAUUAACUAGCCAACGACCAAUUCAAUUGAUAGAACCGUUAAAAUAUCAAAAGGAAACCCUUAAUAUAUUUGCAAAAGUCACUCCAGCACCAAUUCAGGAACUUCAAUCUGUUUGGAACAAACAAGAAAAUUAUUCUCAGAGACGAAAGCCGUCAGCCCCGAUCGGCGAUCAAGUGUCUCUCGAGCCGCUUUUACAUAAUUCUUCAAAAAUAUCACAAUCAAAAAAUAGCAACCACAAUCUUAACUAUCCAACGGAUGAAUCUAAUCGCUUGGAAGAUCAAAAGUCUUCGUCGUCUUUAAAUAUUGCAGUACCAGUAAAUAAACCCAAAGAAGUUUUAAAACCUGUCAAUUAUGACACCAAUGAGGAUGAUUUAAUUUUGGAAAUGACAUCAUCUUCUUUACCAAUAUCUCAACCAAAUAAUCAGGCACAAAAACAAACACACUUCAACAAGUCAUUGCCAACAACUACAAAUAAUAUCAUCUCAUCAGUGGAAAAUUUUACGACCUUUUUCAAGCCUUUAUCACUAGGAAAACCGUUUGUUCCCGCUACAAGUAAAAUAAUUAAGAAACCGAUACCCUUAAAAGGAAGUACUAAUAUUUCAAGGGAGGUUCUUAAAAAUGGCGAGGGAUUUAAACUUCAUCAAGCUCAUGAUCAACUACACAAGGGAUUUGAGCAACCAAUCAAGAAUGAUUCAUCACAGCAACAAAACAAAAAUAUCAACAAUUUUCAUCAAACAGAAGCUCCUUUCAAUCCUAAAUACACUCAAAUAACUACGAAACCUCAAAUAACUGACAAAUACGUCCACUCAACAACAACUUCUGACUUACCCUUGACACAAAUAUUAAGUCUUAACCAGAUGGAAGUCCUCAACAAUUACAGUAAAGUUAAUGGCAAAGACAAUAUAUCACAUAAUCACCAUAUAGAAUCUACAGAGAUUUUCGAUUUCCAUGAAAGUGUUAAUCCCCAUAAUUAUAAAUUCAUAAACACCGAAAGCCAACCAACUAUAAAAAUCAGUAAAGAAAAGCAAAAUUUAUAUUCGUCAACAAAUCCAAUGACGAUAUAUCGAAUACCCACUCUUAAAAGUACAAAAACUAGAUAUCAGAUGAUACAUGAACUAUCUACUGAUAUGCAGCCCCCUUCAGCAGACACGUCAUCAAUCAAACCCCAAACUGAAAAAGUUAUGGGUCUAAAUCCACCACCUCCUCUGCCAUCAUCAAAAUUAUCAAUGCCACUACAGUUACCAACUAAAACUGCAUCAUCAAGGCCGCCAGCGUCAUCUUAUAAUUUUAAGGAAUAUUCUGGUUUCAAAGAAAAAGUGAACCAAAAUCCAGCAGUAUUAAAACAAUUCGACAUGACGACGAUCAAAACGACGGCUACAAACUCUAUUAAAAAAGACGUUGGACCAAAAAAUACAUCGACAUUGGUAAAAUAUGAAUCCGAUAGCUCAAAAUUACAAACAAAACUUAAGCCAAAGUCAAAACUUAGUACAAACUCAAUUAACACAACAGAAACAACAAGAAAACCAAAUGGGGCUCACGUUAUCAAUAAAAGCUCUUCAACAUCAGCAACGACAGUGAAAUCAAUUAUUCCAGACUCCAAAACUGAAACGGCGAUUUCCAUUGUUUUUCCCACCAUUAAUUCUUCAUCUUCUUCUUCCACUCUUUCUCCUUACUCUGUUCCCUUAUCUUAUUCUACAUUUCCAACCCUAUUGUUUGAUGAAGAAGAGACAUUUAAAACGAUAUCACCAACUGGCGAAGAAGGUGAGAAGAUCUUACAAAAAUCGACUUCGUACUUCAAAACAUCUAAUUCAAGCAAAGAUACUUCCCCGUUAUUAACGAAUAAAGAAACUCCAGAGCAAUUCUUCAUAGAAGAGUCAGAGGAACACAACUUAAGACAGCCACAAAUUACAGAUAGUCGUUUUAAGGAAAAUAGAAUAAACAAAACUUUAGUACUAACUAGUAAGAAAUCAAGUGCAAUAGUAAAUCAACAGUCAAAAUUGAAGCAACAACACGAAUCCUCCAAUGCUGAGUUUGGGUCUUAUCUGAAUGAUUUUAAUAUUCAAACACAAGUGGGGACAAGGAGAAAAAAUCCCGAUAUUUUUUCAACUAAAUUUAUAAAAUGGCCGCACUAUUUAACUGUGACUACAACCAAACUUAGUAUCCCAACAAGUCAUGGAGUCCCAAUAACACAAACCUUAACCCUAACACUUACCGAAACUAAAACAUCAACUUUGGUUGAUACUGUCACCGAAACUCACACUCUAUUGCAGCCAACAAGAAUUUUAGAAAGUCAGAUUACAACUGUUACACAAACUUUACAUUAUGAAGACUACCACAAAAAUCAUCAUCCGUUCCGAACCAAUGGCAAGGUUGAACCAACAAUUAAUGUUUUUAACAAUGUUUUGCUAACAAGCAGUGAAUUUGACGGAUCGAACAUAGGAUCGUCAGCAGUUCCAGCUAUUGACAUGUCGCAAUCUUCUUCAAUUACGACUACUACAAAAACUUUUGAGCCAAAACCGAAGAUGAAAAAUGAUAUUAAAAAUCUAGAACCCGAAAAUAACAGUAUUUUUGUGGUUAUGUCAGACAAAAAUAGUCAAGGUGAAAUUAUUAGCAUUAAUCCGUCGUUCAAAGACCUACCACAAAAUAUAAACUCCUUCGAUGCAAAUAAACGAGAGGAAAUUAUAGGGAUUCCCGAAGUUCCAAGCUCUAUUGAACUGGACUACGAUUAUAAUAUAACAUUUGAUUAUUUGCCAACGAGAGACGAAGAGGCAGAAGAAAAUGAAGUCAAUCAUGUGCUCCUUGGUGGAGUUCUAAUUGCAACACCUCCAAAAUCUAACAAUAACGACAAUGAAGUACUUACACCUAGCACUUAUUGCCAGCCAACGUGCAAACCAUCACGCAACGAACUAUGUCAAAAAAUUGAUAACCGAAUGCAAUGCCUGUGCCGUCCUGGAUUCGGUCGUAUAUUCCCUGAUCGACCAUGCAGGCCUACGUAUACUUAUACUCUCGAGAUUCCGAUUUACAGGAUAAACAGUCAAGUUCUGCAUUUUAACGAUCAAUACCAUAUCCGGGACUCAGAUUAUUUUAAACAGCUUGCAGAUAUUACUCGUAAUGCUGUCGAUCGAAUGAUCAUGCAAUCGGAUCUGCGUGACGUUUAUCACGGCGUUCAUGUGACAUCUUUCGAUUUUAACAAUGUACCUGGAUCUAAUAGCGGAAUUUUGGGAACAUUUCUUAUUCAGCUAUCAGACAAUAGUGAUGAAAAACGACUUGUAGACGUUUUUAAAAAGUAUCUGCGACAAAACAAUUUCAAUUUAGGAGGAACAGAAAUAUUUACCACAAAAGAUGGUGUAAAUUUGCUGCAAGUAACAGAUUUCAACGAGUGUGCUCAUAACCAAUUUCAUGAUUGUUCCGUUAAUUCAAAAUGUUUCAACCUACAAGGCACAUAUACUUGCAGCUGUCAGGAUGGAUUUGUCGAUUUGUCGGAGAACUCAAUUUAUCCAGGUCGAAUUUGUUCCACCGAAAUAAUUGGUUGCGAAAAAUGUUACUUCCAUGGCAAAUGUGUACAAAGCAACAAAACAAACCAGAAUGUUGGAACGGUGUGCGAGUGCUUCACAUGGUAUACGGGUGCAUCGUGCCAGCUGAAUUUGAAAAUUGUCUUUAUUGCGUUAAUUACAAUUGGAACGAUACUUUUUAUAUUAUUACUGCUUUGUAUUCUAAUAACUUGUACUAGACGCCGAGAUAACCAUAACAUGCAAUCGUUUAUGUCGGGAAUGCAAAUAAUAGCUCCGAAAAUCUCAAGUUCAUCGAAAACCAUGACCAUCGAUAAACGGGCAAUGAUUAAGGAUUCAAGUAGUGAAGGCAGUCAAAAUUCGUUGCCGUACGUCCUGAAGAGGGAUGUUGAAAAAAACAGCAUUUUGAGAAGUAGCAAUCAUAUAAAUCAAACACAACAUAACUAUAUGCAUCAGAGUAAAAAUCAAAAGCCAACCAAGAUAAUCAAUCAGCGCGGCCAUCCAUCAUCUCCACUUUUCAUUUCACCCUUUUCGGAAAUUGAACAUCAGCGUCACAAUUUUCCGGAACAAAGUGAUCGUUCUUUAACUGUUAUGAUUCCUAGAGCUAAAUAUCAUCAUUCCGUCUUGGGUCACACUCCUAACCCUCCUACCGAAGGUAUAGAUCUUAAAACACUAACCAAUGAAGUUCAGUUGAAAAACGUCUCACCAGAUACUUCUGGUUCAACUUUAAACACCUCGACAUUCCAGUGUAGGAAUGAUAAAAUUUCUAGUAAUAACACAUUAAACCGCAAUGCUACUAUAAAUUCUGGAAUUGUCGUUGGAAGUGGGAUAAACCAUCAAGGAUCUGUUGUAACAAAAUCAACAGGUGCCCUGGUUUCUGCUGGUUUUGAAGUCUCUGCAACUGUUGGAAAUUUAAUUAAUCGCCAACAACAACAAUCAUUGGGUGACUCGACAAUAAAUCUUUUACCUCACGUCAAUAGGGGUUGUAUUCAAUCACUCAAUUCGGCUGAAGCAGUAUUAAAGUAUAACAACUAUAGGGACGAGGAAAAACUUACUGAUUCAAUGGAUUUUUGGAUUGAUAUAAUUCAACAAAAAAAACUAGCGCCUGAAACAAGAUGCUUUAACGAGACCACAAUUCAGGCACCAAGUAAAUCAGUUCGUUGUGUUUAUGAGAGGCAAUUAUCACAAAGUAAUGGCAAUGAUGAGGCAAAUACUAUGGCUGAACGGGAUGUAGGGUCCACUUGUUUAUUACCGCAUACGCAUCUAUAUAAGCCAGAUAGGGAUAGUGAUGUAUCAGGAUUUGAUUCGUUAUAAAAACAAUUUAUACUUACACCAAGGAAAGAGUGCCAAUUGUAUUACUUAGUCGUGGUUUUGCACGAAAAUACUUAUACACCAAUUUUAAUGGCUAAUCUUUAUCAUUAAGAAAAAAAUAUUUUAAAGUUACAGAUAAAAUGUCACAUUAUUGCUAUUUAUUUUAGUUUUUAAAGUCUUUUUUAACUGUGCUAUUUAUUAUUAUAUUCGUAAUAUUAGUAAAUAAAUGUUUAGCUUUUUAGUUACUUAUCCUUAUCUGUUGUAUUAAAAGUGUACUUAUUAUUUGUAUUUUGUUAUUAAUUUAUACUAAAUCAAUAAGACAAAUUAACAAAAAAUUUUAAUAAAUAUUUAAGAAA